AUGGCAAACUUCAGCAAGCCCCAGAACAUGACCACCAUGUUGUUCGCAUUUUUUGCUUUCCUCCAGUUCACAGCUGCGCUUGGACACGGAGCGCAUCACCAACACCAUGCUCGUCAUUCCGAGUCCAAGGAUACCAUUCUGAAGAGGCAGAUUGACGAAAUCGCCGACAGCCUAGUUGCUCGUCAGUCGAGUGGAUACACUGCCGUCACCGGUGUCUGCAGUACAAGUACCGGCAGCGACGGCACCUGCAACAGUAACGGCCGUGUCUCUGCUCCCCGUCUUGAGGUCCGUCAGUUGGCGCAGAACGCCGACCAGUGGAACUUGUACCUGCUUGGUAUGGAGAGAUUCCAGGCCAAGGACAAGAAUGACAGGCUUUCGUACUACCAGGUCGCCGGUAUCCAUGGCCGUCCUUAUGUCACCUGGAACAACUUCCCAACUCCUCUAGUCAACCAGGCCGGUUUCUGCCCUCACUCGCACACUCUGUUCGGUUCCUGGCACAGGCCUUACCUUGCCAUCUACGAGCAAGCACUGUACCAGAGCGUGCAGGAGGUCAUCAACACCUUCCCUGAGAGCCAGCGCAGCCGCUGGCAACAGGCUGCCUCGACCUUGCGUAUGCCCUACUGGGACUGGGCGCAGGAUGGCGGCAGCGCUACUGUUCCUACCCUGAUCCGCGACCAGACUGUCACGGUCACUAAGCCUUCUGGCCGCGUGACCAUCCCCAAUCCUUUGUACUCGUACAGCUGGGGCAGCUCUCUGCCUUCUGAGAUUGGUGGUGGACCUUGGAGCAACUGGCCCAACACUCUCCGUCGUCCUGUUGCCAACCCUACCCGAAGCAACAACAACGAGAUGAACGCCCGCUUCAACGCCAUGCGCGUGUCUCUCCGUGAUCGUGUCUUUGCGCUGUUCGCCAGCAAGCAGGCAUGGGGUUCUGCUUCCACUUCCCAGAUCGGUGUCCGUACCGACUCGAGCGGCAGCGGUAUUGACAGCUUCGAGUCUAUCCACGACUCCGUCCACAACACCGCUGGCGGUGAGACUGGUGGCCACAUGUACUACCUCGACAUCUCAUCCUUCGAUCCCAUCUUCUGGCUCCACCACACCAACAUCGAUCGUCUGCUCGCCAUGUACCAGUUGAUUGUCCCCAACACGUACGUCGCUAACGGAAACAUCAACCACAACAUGGCCCAGUGGAACCAGGGUGAGGCCAAAAACAGCUACACUCCUCUUAAGCCGUUCACCAAGAACAGCGCUGGUGACUACUUCACCUCCCAGGACGUCAAGGAGACUCGUGUGCUCGGAUACUACUACCCCGAGACCAGCGAGCGUACCUACUCGCAGGUCGCCAGCGCUGUAACCAGCAUCUACGGUGCCGGCAAGAGCACCCUGAGCAGGCGUACUGACAACGAGACCUCCUCCGAGACUGGCCAGUACCAGGGCCGUCCUCUCCAGGAGGGUGACUACCACCACGUUCUCAACAUCAUUGCUGACAAGUACGCUAUGGAGGGCUCUUACACCGUCCACUGCUUCAUCGGCAAGUCCAGCUCCAACUCUACCUCCAACUCGACCCUGCCAUCUUCGAACUCGACCGCGCCCUACCCCAUCUCCAACUCUACCGCUCCCUACACCAACGGCACCAGUGGUGAGGCUGACUACGACCCAUCGACGGACUACACCCAGGAUCCCAACUACGUCGGCGCCUACGGUGUGCUCGGCGGCCAGAUGGUCAUGAACUCGUCCUACCCCGUCAUGACCUCCGGCUCCCUUCCUCUGACCACCUGCCUCCAGGGCAAGGAAGCCUCCGGCGAGCUUAAGUCGCUGCACCCCGACGACGUCGAGCCGUACCUCGCCGAGAACCUGUACUACAAAAUCGUCGGCGUCAAGGGCGAGCUGAACCCAGAGGACAUCCCUAACUUCCACGUCUCGGCCAAGUGCACAAAGGUCGUCCCCGCCGCGUCCGAGGGCGAUCUGCCCGACCUCAGCGCGCCGUACCAGGAACUGCCCCAGGCCACCAAGAACAAGCCUGCCGGCAAGCCGUUCACGUACACGCCGACCCCCAUCGACAUUGCGCUGCCCGAGGGCGACUACGAGGAGGGCGGCUCGUCGUCCAGCCAGCCGUCCGGUACCUCGCCUGCGACUAGCUACCCGACUGGUGUCUUCCCGUACCCGACUCUGCCGUGGGAGGAGCAGGGAUACUGCGUUACGCAGCAGACGAUUGAGUACGUUGAUCAGGAGGGCAACUUUUUGUACGCUGAGAUGUAA